AUUUUUGUUAUGAAAUGUAUAUGUACCCAUAAAUAAUGAAAUAAGGUUCUCAAUAUUAUUUUGAUGGGAAAUAGGAAGAGAAUGUUCGUUAGAUGACAAAAAACAAGACUUUUAGUAAUGUGAAAGAUAGUGCAUGUUUAAUUUUUUCAAAGUCCAUGUACUUGGUGUUUUGCAGGGAUAUCUGUUGUCAGUGCUACUUUGAAUGAUUGCGUUCUGGAGCUUUUGGUGACAGAAUGUGUGCUAUCUUUAUAGGAUUUUAAUUAAUAUUACAGUAGGGAUUUGAGCAUUGCAACAACUGUUCUUCCUGUUUCUCUCCUGCAGCACCAGGGCCUGAUCACAAUACAGAGCUUCCCAUUUGCAACUUUCAUUGCCCGUGAGCUCAGAGCCCCACAGAUCAGGCCCUUCUGUUCUGUGGGACAGGUCCUGGACUCCUUUUCCAUGCAAAAUUGCCACUGACUUCUGUGGAAGUUUAGCCACUUCAGUGGGAGUUUUGCCUUGCUAGUGUCUCAUUUUGACCAUUAUUUAUGAUUUCAUGUUUUUUGAAAAUGCACAGAAGUAAUGAAAAUUUUCUUUUAAUUAAAAAAAAAAACCAAAACAAGAAAACAGUUAUUUUAAAAUCAAAGACUGUGAUACAUAGAAAGAGAUUGCCUUUGGACAUUUAAAAAUUGGUUGCAUUUCUAUAUAGGUUUUUUACAGGUUCACAGGCUUUCCUAGAAAUGUGGGCAUAUGAUUACAUAAUUGCCAGCUAUACAAAGGUAGAGGGGGUGUAACCUGAACUGUUUACAGUGGAUGUGCCACCAGCCUGAAACAUAUCCAGGCUGGUCUCAGAAAUCUGGUGAGAAAGGCAACUUGAUGUGAUCAAAAUCCAAAUUAGACAUCUGUCCUGGGCUGACUCGGCAUGCAGGCUAGAUGUGGUCAGAAGUGUCGUGGUGAUGGAUUGGAGCCCUAAUGCUGUCUCGUUAAAGUGUUGGUGCACUGAUAGCUGAAGCCCUGACCCUAGCUGUACUCUGCUACCUCAAGUGGAGCUGAUAAGGAGGUGCAGACAUACUGUACAAUUUUGGAUACAGGGUAAAUAGGUAAAUGCAGUUACUAUGGAAACCUAAAUGCUUUUCCGUUGUGCUUCAUUCCUGAGAAUAUUUUCCCAGGUGGUCACUGAUCACAAAAGGGACAAAUUUCACGCAUCCCCUGCAAUGGACCUUUCAAAGAAAAGAAAAAAAGAUGCACUGGUGGAGCUUGUGUCUGAAGAGGGAGUAGGACACCAUCAUCGUCUCUCCUGGCUAUGAUGUGCCACCUACACUUAGCAAUCUGCUGCCAGGCAGGCGGGGAUGGGCUGGGUGGAGCAGGACAGACACAUUCUGGUGGUUUUGAGUCAUUAUAGUGCCCGAGGGUUGUAGUCUCUGACAAUGGCUUUUGGCAUUUUGGUAGUGGAAAUAAUUUGCAAGGUCUGCCUUAGGCUUCACUGGAAUGCAUGUUCUCAGCCGCUGUUAAUAAUGCUGCAACAAAAGCUGCACUCCCAGAAAAGCUGUUUUUGUUUCCUUAUGGGCUUUGACAAGUGAUCUGUUAGAAUGGUGCAAGCUAUCCACAGACUACUUCUGCUACCUAGCAAUUCUAAAAAUACUGACUGCUUGUCCAGGUGUAUCUCUAAUGUGGGAGCCGAGCUGCUUGCAAUCUUUGGGAAGGCAGAAGCAGGGCUCUACCUAUGGGGCCAAUACUCCAGUUUCUACGUAGGAAGGAAAAACUUCCAUAUUUGGCAGAAGAUAGAGUAACGCAAAUAAGAAUAUGGAAAACUAUGGUUAAUUAAAGGAAGUUUUAGCUUGAUGUAAUUAUAGCUGUAUUGGUAGGUUUAAUUUAGCCAAUGGCAAGAUUUAGCAGCCUGCACAUACUUUUAUAUAAUAGUCUCUCCAGCAUGCCAAUCACACAUUUCUGAGUGUGGAAUAUUCUGCUUCUAUUAUUCUUUACUACUGUUGUUACUGUAGUAAUGGCAGUGGUCUCUGGAAAAAUCAUGGUCUUAAUGUACUAAACGCUGCACAGCAGUCCUACAUCAGGAGAGCUUUUCUUCCUGAAUGGUGCAGAUGGUAUGAUCUGUGCUCUUUGUGUGGCAACAAAAAUGUGCAGCGCCUACAGAAAUGAGUGAAGUGCCAGCAAAAGCGUUCCCGAAAAAUAGGGGGCAUCUCCCUGCUCACAUCUCCAGCACUUGUAGCUGUGUCUGUCAGGCAAUGUGCACAGGGUACCCUUAUAAAUGGAUGACACUGAAGCACAUGGAGAGAAGGGAGUUAAAUGAUAGUGUUAGGAUUCACAACUGACAGCAGCACAGCUCCUGCCCUGCAGUAUGGUUCUUAGCUAUCAUGCAGCUGCCUUUCUCCCCACCUCAGAAGUAAUUUGGUGGUGAUCAAACAGAGCUGGUUCUUGAGGUCAGAAAGUAGGAGAAAAGAGAUUUCGUGCAUCAGAUAGAUGUGAUACAGACACUGGGGGGAGGUACAAGAUGGGAGGCAAAUGAGCUCACCAACUACUAGACCUAUGCCAUGAUCCUGGCAAUCUCUACUGCAGCCAAACUAUUUAAAGAGAUACUACCCUAUUCUCAUAGCAUACAAGCAGGGCAGAAUGCAGAAAAAUAAAUAUUAUCCAGAGAAACCGUGUCAGAAAACAGUUUCAUGUAGUGAAUUUACUAAACUGGUUUUCAGGUUCAUGGACUUUAUAAAAAUACUUAUUUUCUCUAAGAGAAGAAUCCAUUGUUACUAACAAAAAGGAAGAAUUUCCUGAUUGUAUUUUUGUAAAAAUGUAGGAACAUAUUUAAAGUGAAAAAAGUGCAGUCUGCAGUCGCCUAGUGAGAAAAACAAACCAACUGGAAUUUAUUCCUAAUGCAGACUACAAAGGAAGAGAUUAACUCAUUCAGUGAAUUAAUUCAUACUUGAAAAUCUUGAUUUCCUGAAUGCCUAAGGAUAUCAUAGUGUAAGUCUAUUCAUCCAUCAGGUCCAACUUAAUAAAAUAUAGAUGUGCAACUAGUAUUCCACUGAGGAAAAGUUCAUCUUAUUUGACAGUGCCUUACCAUUUUAAGGGUGUGGCAGUUUUGAGCUGCAUUAAAAUGGGCAGAUGCAAAGAUGCCUGAUAAUCAUAAAUAAAGCUGGAAAAAAUCAAUGCUAGUCCACUCUUAAGGGCUACAAGAUUACAUAAAAUUAAAUGUGUUGCCAGUAUUUUUACUGCUAGAUGGAUGAAAAAUACAUGCACCUACUGAGAGUUAUCUCCAUCAAGUAUUGCGUGGCCUUAGAAAAGUAGUUCUGAACACUGACUGAAUUAGAAUAACCCUAAGAAAUUUCACAUUUUUUCUCAGGAAACUCUCAGUACCCUCAGGUCAAACCCGCUCACAAGUUUAACUCCUAACUAAGGAUUUUUCCUACCUGUCAUCUGUGUAAAUUCAACUUGAUGUCUGGCUUGUAGACUAGAUUUUUCUUCACAUUGUCAUCCAAAGUUGUUUACGUCCAAUACUUUUGAUGUUAUUAGUGAUGACGCUUUCAUGGGCCUUCCUCAUCUAGAAUAUUUGUUCAUAGAGAACAACAGCAUUAAGUCAAUUUCAAGAAAUACUUUCAGAGGACUGAAAUCUUUAAUUCACCUGAGUCUCGCAAAUAAUAAUCUCCAAUCGCUUCCAAAAGACAUAUUCAAAGGCUUGGAUUCUUUAACAAAUGUAGAUCUUAGAGGCAAUGCAUUUAAUUGUGACUGCAAACUGAAAUGGCUAGUGGAGUGGCUGGGCAGCACCAAUGCAACUGUUGAAGAUAUUUACUGUGAAAGUCCACCAGAAUACAAGAAGCGCAAAAUCAAUAGCCUCUCCUCAAAAGAAUUUGAUUGCAUUAUUACAGAAUUUGAAGUUUUUCAGUCCCUGCCAUAUCAAUCUCUAUCAGUAGAUACUUUCUCAUACAUGAAUGAUGAACAUGUGGUUAUUGCACAGCCUUUCACUGGAAAAUGCAUCUUUCUUGAAUGGGACCAUGUAGAAGUGAUGUUCAGGAAUUAUGACAACAUUACAGGUACUUCAACUGUUGUGUGUAAACCUAUAGUUAUUGAGAGUCAGCUGUAUGUCAUUGUUGCACAGCUGUUUGGAGGCUCCCACAUAUAUAAAAGAGAUAUUUUUGCUAAUAAGUUCAUAAAGAUUCAAGAUAUUGAAAUCCUUAAAAUCAGAAAGCCCAAUGACAUUGAAACUUUCAGGAUUGCUGAAGACUGGUAUUUUGUUGUUGCAGACAGUUCAAAAGCUGGUUUCACCACUGUUUACAAAUGGAAUGGGAAUGGAUUUUAUUCCCAUCAGUCUCUGCAUGCCUGGUACAGAGAUACUGAUGUGGAGUUUCUUGAAAUAGCCGGCAAACCGCAUUUAAUUCUGUCAAGUAGUUCCCAAAGACCUGUAAUAUAUCAAUGGAACAAAGGAACAAAUGAAUUUGUUAAGCGUUUUGAUAUCCAGGAUAUGGAAGAUGCAUAUGCGGUGAAACAUUUCAAAGUGAAAGAGGAUGUAUACAUUUGUUUAACAAGAUUUAUUGGGGACUCUAAAGUAAUGAAAUGGGGUGGUUCAGCAUUUCUGGAUUUACAAAGAAUGCCAUCCCGAGGGUCAAUGGUAUUCCAACCGCUCCAGAUACGUAAUUAUCAAUAUGCCAUUCUCGGAAGUGAUUAUUCUUUCACUCAAGUCUAUUAUUGGGAUGCUGAGAAAGCAAAAUUUGUGAAGUUUCAAGAAUUAAAUAUACAGGCACCAAGAUCUUUCAUACAUGUCUCCAUCGAUAAACGAGAUUUUCUCUUUGCUUCCAGUUUUAAGGGAACUACACUGAUUUAUAAACAUGUCAGAGUUGACUUAAGCGCAUGACACUCAUAAAUCUGAGGUUACAUCAGACUUUCUGCCGUAAGUGGACAAAAUGAACUAAAUGCAUGAUGACUCUCUUAUCUUACUUCCAAAUGAAUGCCUUUAAAAGUUGAGAUUGCUAGAACAAAGUAUUACUAGUAUCUUCAUCUUUAAUUGUCAAGUCUAGUGAUGUUGGAAGUUGCAUUUUUUAACAAAAAGAAAUUAACUGUUCUUUGCAUCCACAGUAUGUAAAUAUGUGUGCAACUGCAUCUGUUGCUAUAAAGAAUAUUAAGAUGUACUUUUCCAUUUAUUUAUUCACCUGUUUGAAACAACUGCCAAAUAAAAUGUUUACAUUUUGUGUCUUUCACAUUCCAAA